CGCCUGCGCGACUCACAGUCGUGCACACUGCGUACGUUCUCCAACGGAAAAAUGGCGUCAGUCACGAAUUAUAGCAGCUACAACCAGGCUGGUGCUCAGCAGUCGUAUGGCACCGCAUACACCACCCCUCCUCCUCAGGGCUAUGCACAGACUGCACAGGGUUAUUCUCAGCAAGAUUAUGCCUCGUAUGCUCAACCCGCUGCUGCAACUGAUUCCACCUACAGUCAGGCAGCGCCCUCUGCUGGAGCGUAUGCACAACAGCAGUAUGCAUCCUCAUAUGCACAAGCAGCAACAACUGCAGCAGCAGCAGCAGCCGCGGCGCCAGCUGCGUAUGGAACUGCACAGCCAGGAGCUUAUAGUCAGCCUGCGCAGAAUUACGGGGCCAGCAGCUACAGCACCUCCACUGCGGCCCCUGCUGCCCAGGCCUCCUAUGGCUCCCAGCCCGGAUACUCCACCCAGGCGGCCUAUUCUGGCUACAGCCAGCAGCCUGCUGCCUCUGCUCCUCAGAGCUAUAGUGCAAGUGGCCAGCCGGCCUACAACCAAGGUGCUUAUUCCCAGCCUGGAGCUUAUUCUCAGUCUCAGGGUGGGUACCAGGCUCAGCAGCCGGGCUAUGGGCAACAGCAGCAGAGCAGCUACGGCCAGGGACAGCCACCUCAGCAGCACCAGCAAGGCCCAACUGCUGCCUACCCUCCUCAGGGGAACAGUUCUUAUGGUCAACCACCAUACGGCCAGCAGAGUGCAUCACAAAACGAAUACAACCAGCAAAGUGCUUAUAACAGUUACAGUCAGGGUGGUGUGAGCGGAGGCUACCCAGGGUCACAGCAGCGGGGUGGAUACCCAGGAGAUUCCGGCAGAGGUGGUUAUGAUCGUGGAGGUCCUCGUGGGCGUGGGGGUAUGGGCCGCGGAGGCAUGGGCAUCGCUGGAGACAGAGGGGGCUUCAAUAAGCCUGGUGAAGGCAUGAGGGGUGGAAUGGAUCGUGACAUGGGACGUCCAGGAGAGCAGGACUCUGAGAACAGCACCAUCUACAUCACAGGCCUCACUGAGAAUGCAACUCUACCAGAGAUGGCAGACUUCUUCAAACACUGUGGAGCCAUACGGAUAAAUCGGCGUUUGAACCAACCAGCCAUAAACAUCUAUACCGAUAAAGACUCUGGCAAACCAAAGGGAGAUGCCACACUGUCCUAUGAGGAGCCUGCCAUUGCCAAAGCCGCUGUCGAAUACUUUGAUGGUAAGGAAUUCCAAGGCCGGAGGCUAAAGGUGGCUAUGGCUCGCCGGAAACCUAUGAUGGGAGGUAUGAGAGGAGGAAUGCCAAUGAGAGGUGGCCCUGGGAUGGACCGUGGAGGAAUGGGAAGAGGAGGAGAGAGAGGUGGUUUCCCCCCCCGUGGAGGCCCUCGAGGUGGAAUGGGUUGGAAUGGUCCUCCUGGAGGCAAUGUGCAGAAGAGAGCUGGAGACUGGGAGUGUCCCAGUCCUGGAUGUGGAAAUCAGAACUUCUCCUGGAGAACGGAGUGUAACCAAUGUAAAGCUCCAAAACCUGAAGGCCUUGGAGGUCCGUCCUUCCCUCCUGGAGGUGGUGAUCGUGGCAGGGGUGGAAUGAGGGGCGGCAGGGGAAUGGAUCGUGGUGGUCCGGGGGGCAUGCGUGGAGGCUGGGGAGGGGAUCGCGGUGGCUUUAGAGGAGGCCGUGGUGGUAUGGACCGGGGUGGAUUCAGAGGAGGUAGGGGUGGUCCUCCCAUGGACAGAGGGGGCAGGAGAGGCAUGGGACCCCCAGGCAAGAUGGAUAUGAGGGAUCAUCGUCAGGAGCGCAGAGACAGACCCUACUGAGAUCGUGCAUCAAGCAAAAGGAAAUUUACAGAGAAAUUUUAGUCAUUUUUAUUUAUGAUUCCAUAUUUAUACAUGGAGAUCUUUUUGUUUGCUUUUUGUUUUUAAUUUCAGUAACACUUUGUGGUUUUAGUUGAACCUUUAGUUUUUUUUUUUUUGUAUGCAGUAAUGGUCUUUUUUCCUUUUAAGAUACUCGGUUGCCCUGUAGUCAGCGUUUUUGGGGAUGUCAGUCUUUUGUCUCUCUAUGUAACUGUACUUUUGAACUUUUUUUUAAAAAAAAAAUAAACUUUUCCACCUCCA